CAAUUUAGUUAAUUUAAUAUCGUUUGUGCUUGCAAUUGCCGGAGCAAGAAAUUAGUCGUUUUAAAUUAUGGAGUCCUCAGAGUGUUCUUACGAUAAUAAGGAGCGCGUGUGGUCUGGGCCGAACUCACCGUUAUUUCACGAUUCCAAUUGCUCUGUGGGACAUAUUAUUUAUAGAAAUUUGAAGAAUUAUCCAAACAAAAUUUGUCAAGUGUCGGAUAUUGAUGGCCGCGAAGUUACCAAUCGUGAACUGCUAACCUGGUCUACACGUCUGGCGCUACAUUUUAAGAAAAUGGGUCUACGACACGAUGAUGUCAUCGGCAUUGUGGCAAAAAACAGCACCUAUACAAGCUCGGUUGCGGUCGGCUGCUUUAUGAACUGUACGCCAUUCCAUGCCGUAAACUCGGGUUUGGAUAAAGAUACAAUCCGUCACGUCUUUCAAAUAACCAAACCGAAAAUAAUAUUUUGCGAUGGCGAAUAUUAUGAGAAAUUACAUGAAGCCACCAGUUCGUUGAAUCCAUUAUUCUAUACGUUUACCGACCAUAUUGAGGGAGUUGGCACGGUUGAAGACCUGUUGAGUCCCAUGCCAAAUGAAGAUCUUUAUAAGCCUGAGCCUUUCAUGCUGGGUGGUGAGCAGACAGUAGCAAUACUUUGUUCAUCCGGCACAACGGGUGUUCCCAAGUGUGUGUGUGUGUCAAAGCAUAUUCUGAACAUUGAUCCAUUAUGCGUAACCAGCGAAGAUGUCAUCUUCUCGAACAGCAGUUUGGAUUGGAUAUCUGGUGUUUUCUUCACCUUACUCUCUGCGACCAAGAGUUGUAAACGUUUAAUUACCAAUAAGCCCUACUCCCCCGAAUAUAUGAUAACGCUGGUGAAGAAAUACAAAAUCACUUACGCUCUUGCUGCACCACGUCAUGUUUCCGCUUUGGUCGCUUGCUCAGCAGCCACCAUAGAUAACUUGCGCUCCAUUCGGUCUUUUCUAGUUGGGGGUGGCUGCAUUAGUCAAUCGACUUUAGAAAAGCUGAGGAGUUUACUGGAAAACGGCAAAGUAAUUUUUGCUUAUGCCAUGACCGAGUCGGGCUUUUUAUCGUUGAACUCGGAUGAUAAAUAUCCCACCUCUGUAGGAAAACUAGUUUCUGGCGUAAAGGCGCGUAUUGUAGACGAAGAAGGUAAUAAUUUACCACCGAACAAAGUAGGUGAGCUUUUGGUGAAUACUGGGCAUGCUUGGAGUGGAUAUUAUGGUAAUCCAAUUGAAACGAAACGUUUUCAAGAUUCGGAUGGCUGGUUACAUACAGGGGAUCUCAGCUAUUUCGAUGAUAAGAAUAUGCUUUAUAUAGUCGAUCGCAAAAAGGAUAUAAUCAAAUACGACGGUAUGCAAUAUUGGCCAGCCGAAAUAGAGCAGGUGAUCAACGAAUUGCCGGAGGUGGAAGAUGUGUGUGUGGUUGGUGUGCAUGACGAGAGGCAUGGAGAUGCGGCCGGUGCAAUAGUGGUGCUUCGCCAAGGUGCCGAACUUACGAUAGAGCAAGUAAAGGAUCAUGUCAGAAAACGCUUACCAUUAGAUCACAAGCAACUGCAUGCUGGAGUAAUUUUCAUCAAUCGCCUACCGCAAAAUGCCAAUGGAAAGACACUAAAACGAGAGGCGAGAGUUUUAUUUGAAGUAAAGUGAAAUUAUGAGGACUUUAAGAUAUACAUAUAUGUGCAUAAGUAAAAUUUUAAUAAAGUUAUAGAUGUAAAAGAAAAUAUAUAAGGGUUAUUCAGACCAGCCUUGUUAAUUCGUUCGUCCUUAUUCGGUAGUUUUUAUACUCUCGCAACAAUGUUGCUAAGGAGGGUAAUAUAGUUUUGUUCACAUAACGGUUGUUUGUAAGUCCUAAAACUAAAAGAGUCAGAUAUAGGGUUAUAUAUACCAAAGUGAUCAGGGUGACGAGUAGAGUUGAAAUCCAGAUGUCUGUCUGUCCGUCCGUCCGUCCGUCCGUGCAAGCUGUAACUUGAGUAAAAAUUGAGACAUCAUGAUGAAACUUGGAACAUGUAUUUCUUGGCUCCAUAAGAAGGUUUAAGUUCGAAGAUGGGCAAAAUCGGCCCACUGCCACGCCCACAAAAUGGCGGAAACCGAAAACUUAUAAAGUGUCAUAACUAAGCUAUAAAUAAAGAUAUUAAAGUGAAAUUUGGCACAAAGGAUCGCAUUGGGGAGGGGCAUAUUUGGACGUAAUUUUUUUGAAAAAUUGGGCGUGGUCCGGCUCCCUAAUAAGUUUUUUGUACAUAUCUCGGAAACUACUAUAGCUAUGUCAACCAACCUCUAAGCCUGAAGUAAACGGCCUGAAGUAAAUGGCAUUUCCCUAUACAGUUUAAAAAUGGAAGAAAUCGGAUAAUAACCACGCCUACCUCCCAUACAAAGGUUAUGUUUAAAAUCACUAAAAGUGCGUUAACCGACUAACAAAAAAUGUCAGAAACAAUAAAUUUUACGGAAGAAAUGGCAGAGGAAAGCUGCACCCAGGCUUUUUCCAAAAAUUGAAAAUGGGCGUGGCGUCGCUUACUUAUGGACCAAAAACCAUAUCUCAGGAACUACUCAACCGAUUUCAAUGAAAUUCGGUAUAUAAUAUUUUCUUAACACCCUGAUUCACAAUCACGCCGUGGUUUACAACCACGCCUUCUUUCAAUAUAACGUUAUUUUGAAUUCCAUCUGAUGCCUUCUCUGUAUAAUACGAGUAUGUAUAUACAUUAGGAACCAAUGAUGAUAGGUAAAUGACGGAUAAUGAAAUCUCGAUUAUCACUUUAUCAUGCGAGAGUAUAAAAUGUUCGGUGACAUCCGAACUUAGCCCUUCCUUACUUGUUUUCGUAAAAUUAACAGACUAUCGUUCUACCGAGUAACGAACUAUCCAUCUCUCAAGUUUGAUAAUUGUUUCGUUACUCGGUAAUAUCACAUCAGAUGUUUGUUUGUUGAUCGUUGCUUUAUACAUUUUUAACGGAAAAAUAAAUUUGGUGCUCACUUCGUGAAUUAGGAAAAAUUUUGCAAAAGUAAGUACAUCUUUAACAAAUAAUUGCUUUUUAUUUCGUUAAAGACUUAUUUUCAGUGGAACCUCAAAAGGAAAUACGCAGGAGGGCAAAGCCUAAAAAAAAUGGAGUGAGGAGGAAAACCAUUUGUUUCUAGAAUAUUUACUAGAAAAUGUGGAAAUUGAGAAACCAAACGCCCAAUUGUACUACCAAAAAUUAAUUGAAUCAGCGAAUAUCGAUGCGACUACGGACAUGUUGCGCUGCAAGGUCCGGUACUGGAAGCAGAUGUAUAAUAAAGCUGAGCAAAUCGACAGGUGCUGGAAUAAACGUUGGCGAUGAAGUUUCCUCAAUAAAAGGUAAAUGCGGCUUUUGGUUUUUUAAUAAAAAACUUUCACAAAUGUGUCCGAAUUAUGAACGGGUUUCGGUUCUAUUUGGGAGUAAUUCCGAAGCCAAUUGUGUUGUAGAGACGUACAACCCCGAAGUGUCACAAUACUGCAGCGAUUUUGCAGACCUUGUAGAGAUAGUGGAAAUUCCAGCCGACUCAGUACAAUCAUCGGCGUAACCAUCGGGUUCACUUAACGACAAAGCAGAACAGACAACAGUAGGUGCAGAGUUAGCAACAGUUCCUCCUACCACUCCGUCGUUCCUCGAAAAAGUGAAAAAACGUGCUCCAAAGAAUAUUGAAAUUGAAAAAGAAAAGUUAAAUUUGGAAAAGUUAAAGCUAGAAUUGGACAGAGAAAAGUUAAAUAAAGAUUUUGAAAUGAAAAGAAUUGGAGUUAGAGGAAAAGGAAAGACUGGCAAUGAUUGAACUAAAGUACAAAUAUAUUAUAUAACAAUUGUAUAUGUUAUGUUUAAUAAUUUUUAAGAAUGUACAAAUGUAUGUUGAAGUGAUACAACUUUUUUAUAUGUACAUAUCUAUAUAUAUAAAAGAAAGUGAUGUUAAUUACUACGCUUAUAACUGGAAAUGGCCUGGACCGAUUUCGGUGAUUACCACCAAUUCGGACAGGUCUCCGCCCAAACAAGGAGAAAAUUCUGGAAAAUUUUCCGAAAAAAAAAUUAUGAAGAAAAUAAAUUUUCAAAUAUGCUGUAUUGCCAGUAGAUGGCGUUGUGUGCAUCAACUUUUGACAGCUGCAUGCAUAUGCACAGUUGGCAACCCACGCAAGAUGCAAUGACAUAUGUAUGUGACUUGAGUUUAGUAACAUAAAUAUCGGCAUUUUCUUAAGCUUUUAUCGGCUUUCGUUAGUUAUUGUAAUUCAAUUUGAUUUAAUAAAUUAUCUAAAUAAAACAAAGACCGGUUUGUUCGAACACUUAUAACUCGAGAUCUGCUGAACCGAUUUUCAUGGUUAUUGAUUCGUUGGAUUUGUCUCCACCCCGAAUAGCAGAAUACAUAUUAAAAACAAUGAAAACUCGAUAAAAUUGGAUAAUUCCAAAUAGUAACUUUUUUCCAUACAAUUUUUUUUUUAAUUUUUGUUUGUUUUGUUUUUCAAUAUUUUGAUUUGUAAAUUAUUUGAAUAGUUUAAUUUCGGUCGCUUGCUUUUUUAUUCCGGCUAUUCAAAAGAAAAAUUAUUCAGAGAAAACUGUACUUGUGCUUCACACAAAGAGGUCAAUUGCAGAUUGAAAUUUGUUACGAAGCCACGAAGAGGUCGCCCUAAUAUCGGUCGGCGUUCGUUUUGUAAUAAACGUAUGGCAGCCCAAGGCAAGGCAAGGCAAGAAGUACUCCCAGGAUGCGGUGACAUACGUGCGGAAUUAUGGAUCGCGGUCAAUCAGCAAGCGAUCAUCACAGCACGACUUUUCAAACAACAGUUGCGAUGUUUGAUUGCCUUUAUCUUGAAGCAACGUAUAUAUGGUGCUGUCGGAUGCUAGAUGUACUCUGUUGAGUUGCAAAAAAGAGGUUUGCCGUACGCACACAUUCUUCUUUGAAUGGUGGACGGUGGUUACACCAGAUCAAAUUGAUGAAAUCAUUUCUCCGGAAAUUCCUGAUGUAGAGAAAGAUCCAGUAUUAUAUGAAGUGAUGAAAACCAAUAUGGUUAAUGGACCUUGCGGACACCACAAUCCCUUUUCGGUUUGUAUGUCUGACAAUAAAUGCGCGAAACAGUAUCCACGUGCUUUUCUUUCGGAAACACAAACUGGAAAUGACGGAUAUCAACUCUAUCGGCGUCGCUCGCCAGAUAACAGAACAUUCAGCAUUCAACUUAGACGAGUGAAUAUCGAAGUUGACAACACAGGCAUCGUACUAUAUUCACCAUUAUUGUCUAAUCACAUUUGAAACUCAUAUCAAUGCUGAGUAUUGCAGUUUGGUGUAAUCGAUAAAAUACGUUUGUAAGCACGUCACCAAAGGAAGCAACGUGGCAAUAAAGCGCUUUGUAGGAAAUUUACUUUUGCAAUUCAUGAACGUUUUCCGACUGUUGUGCGUCUCGCAGUUAAUUUGGAGAACGACCAAAGAUUGUAUUUCAACCCAGAAAAUACAGUAUAGCCAGUGGAAACAUCGCCAGCAACAAAAUUAACAUUGUCGACUUUAUUCUCAACUUUCGUCAGUAAACCGUUUGUGAGAACUUCCUCUAUUCGGUAAUGUCUUGAUAUUAUAAAUAAAAUGCAACGUCGAAGAAAUAGUUACGCAGAAAGCAAGGCCAACCAGUAGAUUGACAUCCAGGUGUCUAAUGCAUUAGGACGAAUUUACACAAUCCACCCGAAAAACGACGAUUGUUUCUACCUUCAGUUGCUAUUGAUUAAUGUACGCGGUUCAACUUUAUUUGAGUCAUUGCUUACUGUGAAUGGUUCGAUGUGUGCAAGUUUUGGAGAAGUAAGCCAGCAAUUACAAAUGCUGGAACACGUUAAUCACUGGAAUGAAAAUGAAGUUCGCAUACUUUUCGAUAUAAUCAUCGACAUUGUCAAAGACAUUUUUACAUUGUCUUCGCUAAAAAUUGGAAGUGGUUCAAUUUCGGUUGAUACUUCCGGUGGUUUGAUAUCAAUUCUAUCCGCCGUUUAUCAAUUUACGAAAGAUGAACUCAUCACAAAUGUUCGGACAUUGGCUAAAUUAUCGUAACUAUGAUUCACAAUGUUAGCUGUUUGUUGACUUAAACUGGAAGAUUCAAAGUCAAAUUUCGGGAGACUUGCGCUCAUACAAAUCGAUCGAUCGUCUUGACAAUGAAGACGACGCCGUGAAUUAUACAGUGGUAUUUCUAAAUUCUUUGGACAGGCUUGGUAUGCCACCGCAUCAUUUGCGUCUCAAAGUAGGAUCCGUCGUUAUUAUGUUUUGCAAUCUUCAUGCGCCGAAUACAAGGGGGAGAAUGCUUGAUUCUACGAAUUCCUUUGAGUUCUAACGAUUUUCCAUUUCAGUUCAAACGUAUUCCGGCAUAAAUAAGGAAAUGCUAUGUUUUUCACACGGCCGUGGCGUGCUCACGAGUUGGAAAAUCAUCUUUUCUGUACACCGGAACAGAAACCAAAAAAUGUUGUUUAUAAAGCUGCGUUACAUUGAAAAAAAAAAUGAAAUGAUAAAUUUAAACUUCUUUUCAUUUCAAAAUACAUAAUUUCACACAGGACAACGGCUGCGGGGUCAGCUAGUAGUAUAUAAAAAUGAAAAAUAAAGUUUUGAUUUAAUUAUAAUUUUUAAUAUAAUUAAACAGUAUUUGGACAAAUAA